GGAGGCGGGGCCUAGCGUCACGGAACUCCGCCCGGGACAGCUUGGUAAAGUCCGACCUCAGCUCCCCUGACGUGGACCAGCUGAGACCACCGCGAACACGUGCACCAUGGCCGUGACCCUGGGUUACUGGGAUAUCCGCGGGCUGGCCCAUGCAAUCCGCCUGCUUCUGGAAUACACCGACUCAAACUAUGAGGAGAAGAAGUACACGAUGGGGGACGCUCCGGACUAUGACAGAAGCCAGUGGCUGAAUGAGAAAUUCAAGCUUGGCCUGGACUUUCCCAAUCUGCCCUACUUAAUUGAUGGGGCUCACAAGAUCACCCAGAGUAACGCUAUCCUGCGCUACAUUGCCCGCAAGCACGACCUGUGUGGGGAGACAGAAGAGGAGAAGAUCCGCGUGGACAUCCUGGAGAACCAGGUUAUGGACACCAGCAUGGACCUGGCCAGGGUGUGCUACAGCCCUGAUUUUGAGAAGCUGAAGCCGCAGUACUUGGAGGGGCUCCCUGACAAGAUGAGGCUCUUCUCAGAGUUCCUGGGGAAGCGGCCGUGGUUUGCAGGGGACAAGAUCACCUUUGUGGAUUUCCUUGCUUAUGACAUCCUUGACCUGAACCGUAUCUUUGAGCCUAAGUGCCUGGACGCGUUCCCAAACCUGAAGGACUUCAUUGCCCGCUUUGAGCUGCUUUGCUGUUACUUCAGGAAACAGCUGUGAUAAAGUAGAACAUCAUUCAAUGUGCAAAGACCCAGAAUCCCGCAGUAAUGCUUUGGCGGAGUAUGAGUCUGAAUACGGCUUGGAUGUUAAAGAAGCUGCAUUAACCUACAUAAUUGCUCCUGUAAUCACACAGAAAGGAGAGGCCUUAGAGGACUUCAAAGGGCCUGUGAGUCAGAAUCGACUGUACACACACAACAACAACGUUACCUUGGAGCCCUGGUAGCGUAGUGGUUAAAAGCCCGGCUGCUAAUCAAAAGGUUGGCAGUUUGAAUUUACCAGCCUCUCCUUGGAAACUCUAUGAGGCAGUUCUGUUCCAUCCUAUUGGGUUGCCAUGAGUCUGAUUCAACAGCAAUGGGCUUUUUUUGUUUCAUUGUUAACUGUCAGAGACAAGCCCUGAUUUAAAAAAGUAGAAAAAUUCUGAAGUGGUAAAUAUUAGGAUUCUUCCUGCAUAAAGGUAAUAUUGGGUGCUCUCAGGAUGGUUAAUGCAUAAUGUCAAAUAAUUAUAAAUGGAAUUUUACGAAAAAUGCUUCGUGGUCAUUAUGGAUUGAAUCGUGUCCCCCCAAAAUGUGUGUCAACUUGGCCAGACCAUGAUUCCCAGUAUCAUGUGAUUGUCCACCAUUUUGCCAUCUGAUGUGAUUAUCCUAUGUGUUGUGAAUCCUAUCUCUAUGUUGUUAAUGAGGCAGGACUCAAUCUACAAGGUUAGGUUGUGUUUUAAGUCAAUCUCUUUUGGGAUAUAAAAAAGAGAAGCAAGCAAAGAGACAGUGGAACCUCAAACCACCAAGAAAAUAGUGCCAGGAGAAAAGUAUAUCUUUUGGACCUGGGGUCCUUGUGCUGAGAAGCUCCUAGUCCAGGGGAAAAUUGAUGACAAGGUCCUUCCUCCAGAGCUGACAGAGAGAGAAAGCCUUCUCCUGGAACUGACGCCCUGAAUUUGGUCUUCUAGCCUCUUAAAACUGUGAGAGAAUAAAUUUCUCUUUGUUAAAGUCAUCCACUUGUGGUAUUUCUAUUAUAGCUACACUAGAUAACUAAGACAGGGCCCAACAGUUAAGCACUUGGCUGCUAACCGAAAAGUUGGCGGUUUGAACCCACCCAGUGGCUCCAUAGGAGAAAGAGACCUGGCAAUAUGCCCCCAUAAAGAUUACAGUCUAGAAAACCCCGUAGAGCAGUUUUACUCUGUCACAUGGGUUCACUAUGCGUCAGAAUCGACUCAACAGCACUCAACAACAUGUAUUCAUGCACUAUUUGUAUAACAGAAACUAAUGUUAAGAAAAGAAAGCAGAUAUACAGGGAAAUUACUUAAAUCCAGAAGAGUUUAAUGGAUGUGGGUAUAUCUGGAUUUUAAGUGACUAGAUGCUGCUGUGUGACCAGAUGUGGAGACAGAGAACCAACCUGAGGUUAAUAGAAGGGGCCAUUUUCAAGGGUGUGGAGAGGUGGGACCAGAACAAACAAGACAAGGUUCAUGUUGCUUUAGAGUCUUAAAGAAAAAUUAGAUUUAGUAGAUUGAUCAGUAUUUUAUCUUCUAUGGUGAAGUGUUUAUAGUUGUAUUCACAGAUAAUCUUUUUGAACUCUGACCUAAACCGUAUCUGCUCCCUUCCAAAAUUGUUCAAAUGGGAAGUUAAGAGGAAAAGUGGAGGAAAUGUAGGUGGCCAUUGGGCAUUUGAGGGAGGGGGGCUAAAGGGGCCACACCACAAAGUGGAGUCCAUCGAUAAAAGCCAGAUCUGAUUAACUAGGGGUGUGACAACAAUCACACGGAGAGCGGGUCCACCUUACUUGUGUGAUAGAAACGUGCUUUGUAGGGUUUUUUUCUCUCUUUUCCUCCCCAAACUCAUGGUAGAAACUCAACCAAGAUGAGAAAGCAUCCUAGGGAAUGGCAGAGCCACAGAUGGAACAAGCCUGAGUCCCUGAAUAACUUCGUGGAGCAGAGCUGCCCCACCAACCUGGACUUUUCCCUGUGGAUCUGUUAUAUGAAAGAAGAAUCAACUUCUUUCUAUAAGCUGUGGUGUUGGAAUCUUCCAUCUUAGUCUUUCUUUAACUAAUACAUUGUUAACGGGGAAUACUUCACAAGAAAUUUGUAAUUAACAAUGAAUGACAACAGAUCAAUGCAGGAGACACCAUGCAGGCAACCAUGCUCCCAGAGAGUGAGUCCCAGUCUCCACAUCCAGAAGGAGAGAUUCACUGAUGCGGUAUGAGGACUGGAGGAGCCCCAAGAGGCCUGAGGUCCUGGGACCUCUGCUAGAUCCUGGCCAUAAUAUACCCAUCUUUAUUGGUUGCCUCUGUUUGAAGGACAUAGAUGCGCUUGCUACUUCUACCCCAGGUUUUGAAAUGUAUAUUUUCACUUUAUGCAGUAUAAUUUGACCACAAUGUUUAGAAAAUGUUUUCCUUUGCAACUGCUUUGUUUAGGAGAUCUUCCAUCAUUUUUAAACGUUAAGUUAUUUUGUUGUUUUUCCUUUAGUAAUUAAUCACCUUUAAAAUUUCAAAUCCAAUAUUUUAUAUUUAAUAUAGUUAUGCCUUUUAAAUUUGAGCUUCUAGGUUGGGAGUUGGCCAACUACAUCUACUUGUUUAUUAAAAUGAAGUUUUAUUGGUUCACAGACCAGCCAUUAAUUUUUCGAUUAUUAAUGGCUACUUUCACGCUAGGACAGGGUUGAGUGGUUGGCAGAGACCAUGUGGCCUGCAGAGCCUGAAGUAGAUAGUAAUAUCUGGUCCUUUUGAGAAAUCAUUUGCUAUUUACCUGUUAAUCUGAAUGAAUAUGUUUAUUCUAACUACUUAAUCUGUUAUCAUAGUUUCAGCCCCAACUUCUAUUACUUUAUUCACUUGUAUUUUUAUGCCUUCUGUCUUUAAGAUCAUAAAUUUUAAAGUGUAAAUAAGCUUUUAGUUUAACUAAUUGGUAUCUUAUGAGGUUCAUAAACAUCUAGCCUUGCUGAACUUUUACCAGUUUUAUGUU